AUGUCGCCAACCGCCGAAAAGAAGCUUAGGGUGGUAAUUGUCGGCGCUGGCUUCUGCGGCUUAACAGCGGCGAUAGAAUGCCAGCUACGCGGCAUGCACCCUAUCAUCGUCGAGGCAUAUGGAGGCGCCAGUUCCCACGGAGAUCUCUUGGACUUUGUACCUAAUGGCGGUCGCAUCUUUGAUUCAUGGGAUAACGGCCGGAUUGGCGAGAUGCUGUUGGCAGCUGGUGUCAACCGCGCGAAGACCCUCGACUUCUACAAUCAGGACAACGUCCUGCUCAAAUCCGACCCUUGGCCUCAGGGUAUCGACCUCAAAGGCACAUUCGCUGGCCAUCGAGGCACGAUGCAUGAGAUUGUGUAUAACUAUGCUAAGGAGAUUGGAGUUGAGAUGCACUUCAACUCGAGAGUGACAGAGUACUUGGACUCGGACAAGGAGAGGGGCGUUGUCAUCUCCGAGAGUGCCAAGAUCCUCGGCGAUGUGGUGUUAGCCUGCGACGGACCGAAAUCACUGGCGCGAUCGCAGCUGCUUGGUCUCCCAGAGAGUAGGGUCAACAGUGGCUAUGCCAUCUUCAGGGCUUUCUUUGAGGUUACGGAUGAAAUGCUCGAGGAUCCCUUGAUGGCUGAGCUCACUAAGAAAGAUGAGGACACGACCAGGUUCUGGGUUGGUGAAGAUGUGCAUGGUUUCAUCUACACCUGGAAUGAAGGCCGUGACUGUGCCUGGGUCCUGACACACCUCGAUGAUGCCGAUAUCCAAGAGGGUUGGUCGUUCCCGGCCAAGAAGGAGGACGUGUACAAGUACCUGAAGCAAGCUCGGUUCCCAGAAGUAUGGCGCCGAGUGGUUGCCUUGACUCCCGAAGAGAGGAUGGUGGAUUAUAAGCUAGUUUGGCGGGAUCCUUUAACCACAUGGCUUUCACCUUCAAAGCGCUGUGCUGUUCUCGGUGAUGCAGCCCACUGCCACUUACCUACUUCUGCCAACGGAGCUUGCCAAGCGGUAGAAGACGCAGCAACCAUGGCAAUCUGCCUGGAGAAGUCGCACGGAGACAUUCCUCUCGCGCUCCAGGUGUUCGAACGUAUUCGCUUUAACCGAUCUCAUACCAUCCACCAAGCCUCCAUCUCGACCCGAAACAUCUACCACAAGAACAACUGGACGUUGGAGAUGGUGAAGAAAAAUCCAGAUUCACUUAUUAUGCCUCUCCUAGAUUGGGUGAUGGACUUUGACUGCCAGCGGGCAGCCGAGGAGAAUUUUGACAAAAUAGCUCGGGAAGUCACUUCUGGCAAGCCAGGAACGAUAGAGGAACUUUCUCUUCCUGCUGGUGGGAACUACGAUAGUAUGAACUUGGUCGAGGAGAAGAAUAAGGCAGCGGAACUGCAGAAGGUGGUUCAGGUGCCGCAGUCCCUGGUUGUUUCUCAUGGGUAA